UUUGAAUUUUUCUUUCAUAAUAUUGCAACACUAACAAAGAUAUUAACAGACCUACAAGCACUUGUUGCUUGAAUUUUGGUACAUGGUCUGCUGUGUAUGAUCACCUAUCUGAUUCAUGAUUAUGCUGGAAAUAGUGUAACUUUUCUGCAUCUUAACCUCUAUAACAGCCUUUGCUACAUGGCCAAUUCUUUCUUUCAGUUUUUUUGCAGAUAGGUUUGCAAGAUCAAAAAUUGACAUAUGUUGCCCUGUCCUCACCACAAAAUCAAUAGGCUGCAAAUGGCAUGGUCAAGUAGGUGAAUGUGGCUUCUUUUUCUUCACAGAUGGCUUUCUCACACUCCCUCCUAUGGCUUAUAUAACCAAAACAUGUUAGAGGAACUUGUACAAAGUCUUUUCCCUUCUUCCACUAACAUAUUUUGUCCUAUUACUCCCUUUGGACCAAGGCAUAUCUGCAAGUCCAUGCAAAGGAUUUGGCAAAGGAUGAUAGGCAAGAAGCAGAACCCGCAGAAGGAGGCAGCUAGGGAGUUGGAGCAGGGCGUUAGUCUGGUCAAAAGAAAAUGCAAAGAUCAUACGGGGUUGAGGGUUGAGGCACAAAUAGUAGCUAAAGUUUAUUUGGCUUUGGAGAACAACCUGAAAAUUAUCCUUGGUAUUGAUGAUAUUUGAUAUUGGGUUAUGGAGAGGGUUGAAGAGCCAAAGGUUAAAGGGACAAGACGUUUGAAGUGUUCAUGGGAUUUCAGUAAGACUAGGAAAUAAAUAUUUGUAGUCACUAGAUGUUAUGACACAUAUGUCCACCACCAAAGAAGUGGCUAGUUAUCAAAUGCACACAAAAAGUUUCAGGGAUUCUUGGGGCAUAACAACGACAAAUUUAUUUUGUUUUUUCAUUUUCUUUUAGAUGUAGCAAUUGACAAUUUGUAAUUUUUUUCUUUCAAAAUGUAAGCCUAUUAUUACUUUUGUGUA